CCUUGCUACGUGACAAAACACCUCUUAUCGGUCAUGUCAGCGCACCCCCCCACCCCCCAUACAGGCGUCACGUCAACACAUCCAAGGCAGCCAGCCGCGCAUGCACACAAGCAGUCUACCGAAGGGUCCUCCUUCCAUCCAUCCGCCUCUCUAUCAGUCCGUUGGUUGGUUCGUUCGUUGUCUACAUAGAAGCAUAAAACACCAGCCCGCGAGAAUGGGUGUCUGGACGUUCCCUAGGCUAGCCGAUCGGUCUGUCGGUCACACAGUGGCUGGCGUCUGUGUGUGUGUGGUGUAAGGGGAGUGGGUGGAAGAAAAGCUAUGCACAUAGUCCGUCUGUCUGUCCAUCUGUCUGUCCAUCUGUAGGUAUCAGUGAGAGAGUAGUGAGUAGUGAGUCGAGAGCGGGGUGGGGUGGGGUGUGGUGUGAUGUCAUGUGGUGGGCAGAUGCAAAUGCAUGCACGUACAUGUGUGUGUGUGGAUCAAUCAACAACUAAACGCAUGCAUGGCAAUCCAUGGCAAGGCAAGGCAAGGCAAGUAGACGAUGAGGCGGGCAGAGAGAGAGAGCCGGUUCAAAAGGAAGAUGCUGCACACGGCCACACACGCACACACACAGAGCAGGGGAGGUCGGCGAUAAUCAUACUCUGUGUUAGAGAGCCCACCUGUGUGUGUGUGUAGCGAUGGGUGGGUGUUGGUGUAUUUACGCGGCUUCUUCGCCGUCAUUCUCGCCAUUGUCAACUGAACAACAACAACAAGACACCACACCGUCAUGCCAUCAACACCACACAUGCCACAUCAGCCAGCCAGCCAUGACACGUCACGUCAAUAGGCGUACCGUGCUGCUGCUGCUGGUCGUGUGGCUGGUAUGGUGGCUCGAGCGCGUCGUCGCCUCCCUCCUCCUCCCCGUCAUCCUCAUCAUCCUCAUCGUCUUCGUCGUCGUCAUCCAUCACCUGACCUAACAUCUCCUGCUCAGACACACACACACACACACACAGUAUGUCUCUGUCUCUGUCUCUCUCUCUGUGUGUCUGUGUGUGUGACCGACCCUUCUGAACGCGGCCCCUGCGGCAGAGCGCUGCAUUGGGCGGCCGUCAGCCUCCAAGCCCUCCUCUUGGCCCUCGCCCUCCUCUGACACGACGGACGCACCCACAGUGAAUUGGUCAGUCACAUCACAUGAAUGGCGGUCAGGUCACCUACCAACGUAUUCCUCCUCGCCCUCGUAUUCGUCGUCCUCCUCGUCGUCAUAGUCGCCCUCCUCUUCUUGCUCCUCCUGGUCGCCAGCCUGACGGCCCGCCAUGCCCUCCUCGCCGUACUCCUCGCCCUCGUAUUCCUCCUCGCCCUCAUACUCCUCCUCACCCUCAUACUCCUCCUCACCAACAACCGCGGCAUACUGUGCACACACAGCCACGACAGCCACACGAAUCAUUUGCAUGUCUGUCGGUCUCUCUGUCUGUCUGUCUGCCGGUCGAGUACCUGAGCGCCGCCGUUGCCACCGAGGUCGGGAGGAGCAGCAAAGCCUGCAGGGACAACGAGCACACACACGCCGCCAUUGAUAGAGGCCGAAGCUUGCACCAUCCAUCUUGAUAUCACGCACGCACCUGGCGCCUCCUGGGGCCCGGCAGCUAGUGUGUCCUCCUCUUCUUCUUCCUCCUCCUCUUCGCCCUUUUCCUCCUCGUCAAAACGGCCCGCAUCCUCGCCGGCGCCAAGCCGCUGACGAAUGACACACAACACAACACAUUAUACACACACACACACGUGACAUCUGUAUGUACCGUUGAUCUCUCGAUAGUGUCCUCACAUACGUGAGCGAUAGCAUCGUCACGGUACUCUCCUUGUUCGUCCUCCCCCUCGCCCUCGUAUCCCUCCUCCCCCUCCUCCUCUGCCGCCUCAUCGCCCGCUGGUCCCUCGAGCUCCUCUUCAUGCUGAAGCAGCUGCUGUGCCUGCGCCUCGAUCUCCUCCUGCAGGCCAGCAUAAUCCUCCUCCUGGCCGAGUCGAGUACCACGGCAACACAUACAAACGUCCAAGGCAAUGACACACACGUGUGAAGCCAGCCAGCAUGUGCCAGCAUGUGGGCGCGACUGACCUGGUCCGCUGGAUGUUCGGCAGGUAGGAGGCCGUACUGCACGCCGCCUGCGGCAGCUGCUGCAGCUCCGCCCUCCUCCUGCUCUUCCUCCUGAGUGUAUUGUUCUUCCUCCUCCUGUGGUGGCUGAAUCAGGCGGGGCGGGCCCUCCUGGAUGUCAGGCACGCCACCCACAUCCUACAACCACACACAACACAGAGAGACCACAGAUGAGCUGCUGGCUGGAGCGAGAGCGUGUUUCUCCUUUUGGCUGGCUGGCAAGUCAGUCACCUGGAUGAACCGCAGCUGGUCGGGCUGUUGGGCUCCGUUGAGUGCCCGCUCCAUAUCGUGAAUCUCGCCGUUGCCGCGGGCCUCCUCUGCCACCUGCUGGGGCGCCUCUCGCUGCUGCUGCUGCGGAGGGUGCUCGGGCAGGACCACGGGCGGCAGCAGAUCCUCCUCCUCCUCAUGAGCAACGUCAGGCUGCAGGCACCAUGACAUGCAUGUCAUGAGAAAUGUAAGUGUGUAUGGUUACAGUACACGUGUGUCUUCUGUCUGACCUGGACGAGAGUUGGUGCUUGUUGGAGGAACGUCUGCGGCUGUUCCGGCGCGACCGAUGCGCCAUUCCGCUGCUGCGAGAGGUCGCGGCUGACGGGCAGGCCGGGCAGCACGACGGGCGGCAACAAGUCUUCCGAAUCAGGCAUUAGGUCACGACUCACAAGAUGCGGCGGGGGGUACUGCACACCACCCCCUCCCACACUCCCCCUCUGGCUACUGGCAGGCCCCUCCCCCUCCCCCUCCCCCGCUUCCAUGUCUGACAGCUGCUGCAGGCUGGGCGGCGGUGGCUGGCCAGCCCCCUGCUGUCCAUCCGGCUGCUGGGCGGUCGGAUGGUACAGGUGCUCCUCUCCGCCGAUGCGCACAUCCACGCCUCCCUCGGUGUCCAAAUCAACGUGCACGGGCGCCGCCAGGUGUCGCGGCGCGUCGAUCUCGAUGUGUCGGUCCUCGCCCGCCUCGCGGCACGUCAGAUGCAGGUUGGGGUGGGACUCGGGGUGCAGGGCGCCCGAUGGCAGGGAUGGCGACGCGACAGAGGGAGGUGAGUACACGUGUGGCGGCGGCGGGGCAGCCGUGGUGGCCAGGGGAACGUACAUGGCUGGCGAAGGCACCGACGGGGCUGCACGGGAGGAGGAGAUGUCACUCGGGGGUGCGGGCGGGGGCGAUGCGAAGCCCGGCAUGCCCGCUGCAUGCACAUAGGCAGCUGGCGGUGCGGGUGGUGCGAAUGCGAAUGCAGGUGCGGGUGCGCCGGGGGGGAAUCCUCCAUACAUCUGGGGUGCUGGCGGGGUCGGUGAGGGGAAGAGCAUGGCCGCCGGUCCGUAGCCCCCUCCGUUGAGCGACGAAGCCCUCGGCAGCGGGGCGCUCGCCUCCGAUGACGUCCGGCCACCGAGACGGGCAUCCACACUGCGACGACCGACGACGCUCUGUGUGGCGCUGCCCGAGGCACGACGACCGAACGACUUGAGGCCCUCCAGGAGCUCACGGGGGACGCUGAGCAGCUGGCUCUUGAAGAAGCCCUCAAGAAGUGCCUUCCGGUCACCGUUGCCGGUGGUGGGUGCUGGUGGCUGUGUCUGUGCCUGGCCGGCGGCAGCAGCAGCAGCAGCAGCUGGCAUGAGGGGUGGAAUGGUCGCGGCAACCUCCUGCUGCUGCAGCUGCGGUGCGGGUGGUGGUGGUGGUUGGAUGACGCCGGCCUCCCUGGGCACCUCACGCGGCGACACCGGGGGCAGAACGACCGGCCUGACACACGAGAGAGACACAAAGGGCAGAGAGACGGACGGCUCACGGGACGGUGGUCUGAUGAGUGUGCGUGUGUGUGUGUCUGACUCACUCGAAGUCUUCGAUUUCUUGCUGUGGGAUAGGAACUUGUUUGGGCAGCUCCUGUCGGGGCUGCUCCACCUGCACCUGAGCCGACAGGGGCUGCUCCUCCAUGCGGUACGAUGGCGGGGCCGGCGCAGCAGCUCCAACAGCGAACUCCUUGCCCUCCUGGAUGAUGAUCUGCUCCUGCUGCUGUGCCUCAGGCUCAUGGACGCCAAUCCUGAUUGAGUGAGCAACGGACAAGGCACACACACACACACACACACAUGCAGACAUGGGUGCGUGUCUGCCGUGUCUGUUGCAUGUGUGUGUGUGGUAGGGGUGGGGGACACUUACUUUUGUAUCUGUUCAGUCGCUUCGCCCAUGGCUUUGGCGAUGGACGCCAUCCCCAGCUCAUAGUUCUCAGGGAUCUCCACCAACGAUGCAGCUGCCGCCGCGGCACCGACCACCGCGGCUUCCUGCCCGCCCUCACGAGGGGCGCGGUAGGUCUGCACUGAUGCCGCCGGUCGGAGGCCGAAUGGUGCCCCUGGGGAGGGGAGGUACGGCGGCUUCUGAGUGUCUCGCUCGUAGUACAGCUGGCCUUCGUGUGUGGGCUGCUGCGAGAUGGUGUGAGGGGGCAUGCGGCCUGGCAUCUGCAGCGCGGAGACGGCACUCCCACGGCCUGACACGAACCCACGACCGCCUGCACACACACACACGUGACAGCCAUGAGAGCAUGACAAGAGAUGAGGGAUGACCUCCGCCAUGCCGUGUAUAUAUAUAUAUAUGUGUGUGUGUGUGUGUAGGUCUCGUACCGUCCUCCUCCCACACGAGUUUCGCGCCGUUGCCCUGGUCGCCCUCCUCCGCCUCCAUGGACACCACCACCGGGCCAGGUGACCGGCCGGCGCGCCACAAACGGCGCUCACCCGACGGCUCCAGCUCGUCCUGCUCGUCCAGCGACACAAAUGAACGGGCGCGGGGACCCUUGGCAGCAGGCGGGGGAUAGCGGCCAUACUGCGGUGACUCGGUGGUACGGCUCCGACGGGCCACGCCGGAGAUGGUCUGAACGGGGCGAGUGGCGUCCUCGAGCUCCACACGAGGGGCGGUGGGGGCCGAGAUGGCGGCGCCUGCACGAAGGCCAGCGCGUUUCUGUCGGUCGGCCUCGGUCUGGAUGGACGAUCCGUCUGGCUCGGGUGUGGACUGGAUGCUGCUGCGGUAGUCCUCUAUAGGUCGCUCCACCUUCCUCCCCAUGCCGAUGCCGAUGUCGGGCCGCUCCGCAACGAACGCAUCCGCCCCAACCACGGGCCCCUCCACCCGCUCCAGCUGACGGUAGUGCCGUGGCUCCUCCGUCACCUGCCCGGCGACCACCCUCGCCCCCUCAACCUCCGCCGGCACGCCACGCAGGUCCAUGGUGCCCCUGCGAUGGACAGCGUCGCCCUCACCGAGCUGCUGCUGCUGCUGCUGGAGUGGGAGGGCCACCGAUCGUGUGGCGGCGGGCAUGGCGAAGUCUGGGUCGGUGACCUGCUUCUGGCGCGACGCACGGUGGAAGAGGGGAGUCUGUGCGCCGGAGGGGGGCUCGGUGGUGCUGGGCUUGCCCUUCUCGCGGGGGCCGAACCAACUCUCGUACAGGGCGGCGCCGAACCACAUGGCGCCUGCCGGUGGGGCAGGGGGCGAGACGGUCUCCUCCGGCUGCUGCUCGGGUUUCUGCUCUUCGUCUGUCGGUAUCUGUCUCUCGCCCUCCCCCUCAGCUGGUGGCAGCAGGGGCGGCGCCUCCUGCUCGAAUGCGGCCACCUCGACCUCCACCUCACUCGUGACUACGGCGGCCUCUCGGGCGGCCUCCUCCUCGUGUUUGGUGGGCUCCACCAGCUCCUCUAGGGCCUGUUCAAUGACCCCCUGCACUUGCAUCUCGAUCUGCUCCUCACUCGGCAACUCCACGCCGCCCUCCCCCUCGGCUGUGGCCUUCUUGACAUCCUCGGCCUCGGUCGCAGCACCCUCCUGUGAGAGAAAAUGACCCCAGAUGGGAGGCACACAUACAUACGUGGUCUGUUUGUCUGUUUGUGUGUUGAGGCGUGCUGUAGUCUUACCUGAGGCGCUUCUUCAGUGGCGGGUUGUUCGAUCUUGGUCUCCUCCAGUGGCACAGCUGCUGCAGCUGCAGCAGCCGCAGCCGCAGCAGCAGGUGCCGCCUCGAGGUCGCCCACGUCCACGUGGGGCUUCUCCGUCUCGGGUGCCUCUUGCUUCUUGCCGCGCGCGAACAGCAGCGAGAGGGACCGCGCGAAGGACCCCACACGCUUGCUGAUGGGCUCACCCUUGACGGCCUUGGCCCUGGCUGUGUCGAGAGCGCUAGGCGGCUCCAGCCGUGGGGACGCCUGGGUGGACUCGACGCCGCCCGUGACGGACCCUUGGGUGAGGAGCGUGCCGGUCUUGCCGAGCUGAGGGACGUCCCCCGCGGCAGUGCUGAUCUGGGAGGGUCCGCGAGCGACACGUGCGGCGCCGAACUGAGCCUCCUUGGUGAGAGGUGGUUCCGUGGGUGUGAGGCCCCGCUCGGUGGAGGCCAUGUCGUCGGGGUAGAGGUUGUCGAAGGUGGCGCCGCGGGUGUCGCCCUUGGCGCCGAUGAUGGGCUUCCGCUGCUCACCAGCAGACAGACCGAACAACUGCACACACCCAUCAUGGUCACACACACACACAGAGAAAGGAACAUUUGUGCGAUGUAGGUGUGCAUUGCCCGCCUCCCUCCCUCCCUCCCUCCGUGGCUCACCGCGAAGAAUUUCUUGAGGUGUUGUCGUGCGGUGACGGUGGACUUGAGAGUGGGUCCGAAGAAUCCCAGGCAGGUGCCGUAGAUGAGCCAGAACCCCGCGAGGGCCAGCUGUCCGAUGGCCAUGCCCACCGAGAACGUGUCGGGGAGCAUGCCGAGGACCAUGUAGACGGUGAAGAGGCCGAUGAGCACGAGUAGGCCGAUGUCGAGGCUCCAGAGGUCGGACCGGUGCCGCCUCAGCCAGGUGUGGAUGCCCCAUACUGCCACCACCACGGACCACACCGCCAGCAAUGUGUUGAAAAAGAAGAAAGAGACCACGCCAAACACGGUCUGCGCGAAGGCGAACACGGUGAACACCGUCCACCAAGGGAACGCUGCGGGACGGACGGACGGACGGACCACACACAACAAAGGGAAGGGAAAAGGCGGAAAAGACAUGACUUGACGCAAGGAAAUGCAUCGCACGGAUCCCAUCUAUACUGUGUGUGCGCGGUGUGGCCCUCGUCGCUCACCGCUCGAGCACCUGAGGCACUCCAUGUCUAGCAGUUCAAGGAACGUCACGGCCAUCACUCUGCGGGCCCUGGGCAGCGCUACUCAUGGUUGUGGCGGUAGUCUCAAGGAUGGGUGGGUGAAGGGCUCCUCUCUUGCUCUCAGGGGGCUGGAUGCAUGCGCUGCACGGGCCGGGCAGGGAACGGCUCAGAGAAAGCGGUAAGACGGUCGCCGGGACGGGAGGUGCGACGCGACGGAGGAUUCGUCCGUAGGUGGACGAGUGGCCGCAGUAUUCCGUCCCUUCGCCAAGAAAUGCGAUGAAAGGGGAAAGAAAACGCGCCC